AUGGGCAUCAGUCGCGACUCGCUCCACAAGAGACGCGCCACGGGCGGUAAACUCAAACCGUGGCGAAAAGCUAGAAAGUGCGUCCCGUUUUUACGUUCGCGCGUCGUCGUACUUGUAUACUUUUUUUUUCCUUUCGCGCAAAAGUUUUUGGACGCUUGUGCGAUUUAG